AUGGAGAUGGCGCUAAAAAGGGAGUUACAGAAAAACGGUCAGUGCAAACUCCAUGAACAUGAAAUCAUCUCACCAACUUCCAGGCCAGUGUAUUUGUGGCAAUCAGAAAGAAAGCGGGGAUCCUCAUCAAGAGUUUAGUUCAAAGCCCCGAUUAUUUGAGCUUCAUCAGAGGAACUGAGCUCAUUAUUUGGUCAUUCAUUCUGGUGAGACGUGUGCUGAUGGAUAAAAGUGCAAGCAAUUUUUCAUAAUCGUUAAGUUUAUCUUAUAAAGUAUAUGAUUCUAA